AUGGCGAUCGUUCCCCGGAGCCGUUGGAUCUUGCCGAACCAAGCCGAUGACGACAACGGCAGGGAGAAAGCCGAAAGGCGGCUUACGAUCUCUUUAAGGCACCUGGUUCCGCAUGAGUUUAUUCACUCCGUGCCGCGCCCGCUCUCCCUCGAGCCCUGCUCCUCCAUCGUCCCUCUGGGCGGCCCGGCGACCGCGGCGGCGGUGACGGCGGCGGCGGAGACGCUGCACCCGCACGGGCACAUCGACGAGGAGGUGGUCCACGUGGGGCCCGAGCUCAGCUGGCAGGCGCACGUGCGGAACCGACUUCAGUACGACCAAAUGUGGCGGCAGUCGAUCGAGAACCCGACGCGUUUCUGGGGCAACGUGGCGAGCGAGUUCUUCUGGCACAGGAAGUGGGACGCUGGCUCGUCCAUCGUGCGCCACAACUUUGACGUGCGCAACGGACCCGUCGCCGUCGAGUGGUUCCCGGGCGGCUACACCAACGUGUGCUUCAACGCCGUGGACCGCCACGUGGCGGCGGGGCGCGGGGAGACGACGGCGAUGCUGUGGGAGGGCAACGACCCCGGGGACGACGCGAAACUCUCCUUCAUCGAGCUGCUCGACCAGAUCUGCCAGCUCGCCAACUUCCUGCGCGCAGCAGGGGUGCGCAAGGGAGACACGGUGUGUCUGUACAUGCCCAUGGUGCCAGAGCUCCCCAUCGCCAUGCUCGCAUGCGCGCGCAUCGGCGCCAUCCACUCUGUGGUGUUCGGGGGCUUCUCCGCGGAGUCCCUGGCGGGGCGCAUGGUGGACUGCCGCCCCAAGGUGCUGCUCACGUGCAGCGCAGUGCGGCGCGGAGACAAGCUGCUGGCGCUGAAGGACAUUGCGGACUCGGCCCUGCGCAUCUGCGCCGACCGCGAGAAUGUGCACAUCCAGACGUGUCUGGUAUAUGACAACUCGAGGGCCAUGGCGCGGCACGACUGUGCGUUCACACCGGGGCGAGACGUGUGGUGGCAGGAGGUGGUGGGGACGUACCCCACGGACGCUGACGUGGAGUGGAUGGCCAGCGAGGACCCGCUCUUCAUGCUCUACACCUCGGGCUCCACCGGCAAGCCCAAGGGAGUGGUGCACACGACAGGCGGCUACAUGGUGUACGCAGCGACGACGUUCAAGUUUGCGUUUGACUACAAGCCGGGCGACGUGUACUGGUGCACGGCGGACUGCGGGUGGAUCACAGGGCACUCGUACCUCACGUACGGCCCGCUGCUCAAUGGCGCCACCAUCGUCGUCUUCGAAGGGACGCCCACGUGGCCGGAUCCGGGGCGGUGGUGGCACAUAGUGGACAAGUACAAGGUCACCAUCUUCUACACUGCGCCCACCGCCAUCCGCUCCCUCGAAGCCUGUGGCGACUCGUACGUGCGCCGCCACUCGCGCGCGUCGCUGCGCGUGCUGGGCUCUGUGGGCGAGCCCAUCAACCCCAAGGCGUGGCGCUGGUACUUCGAGGUCGUGGGCGGCGGCCGCUGCCCCAUCAGCGACACCUGGUGGCAGACGGAAACCGGCGGCAUCUGCAUCACGCCUCUCCCCGGCGCAUGGCCGUUAAAGCCCGGCUCCGCGUCUCUCCCGUUCUUCGGAAUCGAGCCGGUGAUUCUAGACCAGCAGGGGAAGGAGCAGGAAGGGCCGUGCGAGGGGUACCUGUGUCUGCGCCGCCCGUGGCCGGGAAUGGCGCGGACGCUCUUCGGCGACCACGCGCGCUUCGAGGCGACGUACUUCAGCGUGUGGAAGGGGUACUACACCACCGGCGACGGCGCGCGGCGCGACCGCGACGGGUACAUCUGGCUGACGGGGCGCGUGGAUGACGUGAUCAACGUGAGCGGGCACCGCAUCAGCACGGAGGAGGUGGAAUCGGCGCUGGACGCGCACCCCGCGUGCGCGGAGGCGGCGGUGGUGGGGUACGACCACGAGGUGAAGGGGCAGGGCGUGUACGCGUUCGUGACGCUCAUGGACGGCAUCUCGCCGAGCGAGUCGCUGCGCAAGGCGCUCAAGGACACCGUGCGCAACGAGAUCGGGUCGUUUGCGGCGCCGGACGUGAUUCACUGGGCGCCGGGGCUGCCCAAGACGCGCAGCGGCAAGAUCAUGCGCCGCAUCCUGAGGAAGAUCGCCGCCAACAAGCUCGACGAGCUCGGUGACACAUCAUCUCUCUCCAAUCCUACCAUUGUGGACGAGCUGGUGUCUCUGAGGGGAAAACCCCAGCGGCCCACCUUCAUCCCACCCACCCAACCGCUCCAGAUACAAAGCCCCCCUCGCUCAUUCAAUUCCUCAGUCACUUGCAGCUCACUCAUUCACUUCUCUUUAGCGUUUAUCAGAGCGGCAACAGGCUCAUCUCAAGCUUGGGCUCGGCCCGUCACCAGCGCAGGCGCGAAGGCACAGACAGAAGUCAUGGCUACCGCUGUCUCCUCUGCCUUGCUUUCCGGCUCCGCAGCGGUCCUCGACCGCCGGGGAGCUAGCGAUGCGAGGGCUUCCUCGCUUCGCCCCGCCACUUCGUCGGCUGCUGCUGGUUCCGCCGUUUCCCUGCUUCCCUCGUCAUCACGUCGGUCAAGAAGCCUCAACCGUCUGGCUGCGCGCGCGUCGGCUUCGGACUCAUCAUCUGCAAGCGGUCCGCUCGUCACCGACAGGAGCCAUGGCGUGCUCUCCGGCGAGUGGGACAAGAGCGUGUCGCUCCUCACGUACGAAGAUCUGUCGCAUCACCUCCAGAACGUUCUCAUCCGCGGAUUGGUCGAGGACUCCGAGGCGGCUUCCGCCGAGCCGGUUCCUCUGACGGCCACUAGAAGACACGGCAUCGUGUCCGGCGAGUGGGACAAGAGCGUGUCGAUGCUUCACUACGAAGACCUCUCGACUUACUUCGAGGCGACGCUCGUGCAGGGUCUGCAGGAAGACGCGGAGACGAAUUUCGUGCCGCUCGAGGCGGACCGGUCGCACGGCGUCGUAUCGGGCGAGUGGGACAAGAGUAUUUCGAUUCUCAGCUACGAGGACCUUUCGCAGCACCUUCUUGAGAGCUUCCCCGCGGGCUCCGCGGCUCCCGCGCCGGAGCAGGUGGUGCCGCUGAUGGCGGAUAAGAGCCAUGGCGUUCUGUCGGGCGAGUGGGACACGGGCGUGACGUACCAGAGCUACGAGGAUGUGAAGUUCCAUAUCCAGUCGAAGAUGGUGAAGGAGCGCCGUGCGAAUUAG